AUGAAAAUCGAAUCACACCCGUUCGUCCCAAGCAUGAUCCUCCCCUUGCUUUCCUUCCUUUCCCUAGGUCCCACGCUUCCGCUCUCUGUCGCCCGCGUCGUCGCAUCAUUUCCGCAGCUCGACGCCUUCGCGACCCCAGCCCGUCGCGAGAACGCUCCGCCCGGCGCCUUCACUCCCCGCCCACCGUCGCCUGCUCUUCCCCGUCGCGGUCACCCCCCCAACCCCGUCGCGACUUCCCACCCCCCGUCGCCUUCACUUUCCCACCCCGUGGCCUUCAUUUCCCCCACCCCGUCGCCCUCCCUUCCCCCCCGCGCCAGCCCCCCCCCACCCCCCCCCCCCACCCCCCCCCCCCCCCCCCGUUCGCCUUCUCUUCCCCCACCCCGUCGCGACUUCCCACCCCCCGUCUCCUUCACUUUUCCCCCUCCCGUCGCCUUACUCCCCCCCCCCCACCCCUUGCCGUCACUUCCCCUCCCGUCGCCUUCGUCGCCUUCUUCCCCCGCCUGUCGCACUUGCUUCCCCACCCGUCGCCUUCACUUUCCUCCCAUUGCUUUCACUCUCUCUGCUCAUUCUCUCUUGCCCGCCCGUCGCGCAAUGGCUUCUCCUCCAGUCGCCCUCGCUUCCCGCCAGCCAGGAGCUGGCGCAGCGUUUCGCGGCGAUGGGCGCGCGGCUGAUCCUCUCCGCGCGCUCCGCGGAGCGCCUGCAGGCAGUGGGCGCCUCCUGCUGCGGAACGCACGCGCCGGCGGGGUGGUGGUGCUGCCGUUCGACUCAAGGGGGGAGCGGACGUGCUGCACGACGCAGCGCCAGGCGGAAAGCGUGCUCCGCGGGGGAGGAGGCGCGUGGUGA